AGCUGAAAGAGUGGUUUUUUUAGAGCGACCCAAAUCAAUGGAAGGAAGAAAGAAGAAAGCUUCCUCUUCGUCUUCUUCUUCUUCUUCCUCAUUAACCUCUGAGCUUUUUGGUUCCAGAGAAAACCCUUCUUCUCCUUCUCCUUCUUCCUCUUCUGGGAUUUUUGGAUCCAUUUUUCCUCCUCCUUCUCAGGUUCUGGGAAGAGAAUCUAUGCGACAAGAGACUGUGGCUGGUGCCUGGAACGACAAAACCUCCAAGACUGGUGAUGUUGAUAGAAACAGGGAACAACAAGAGAAUCAUGGUUCAGGUUAUCAGGAUCAGAGAGUACAACCUUGUCAUCUGAGUUCUUCCAUCUAUUACGGUGGUCCAGAUGUUUAUUUCCAGCCUCAGAAUUCCAGCAUCAACUCUACGAACAAGAAAGAUGGAGGGGAAGAUGAUUCCGGAAGUGCCUCAAGAGGAAAUUGGUGGCAAGGAUCUCUGUAUUACUAAGUUGAGAUCUUACUACUUCAGCAAACGUUUAUAACUACAAAAGCAAGGUAUGAUCAACCCAAACAUCCACUGAAACGGUUCCAGUUCGGUUCUAAGGCGCGCAUAAUUGAUUUUUG